AACACGUUUUGCAAGACAGAUUGGCCAGUGCACUGUGUGAGGCAGGGGAGGGAGCGGCCCACUCUCUCUCUGUCUUGGGGUACCCAUUAUUAUUUACGUUUCGUACUUGAUUACUGUCUGCAUCUGUUGGAAAGUUGUGUUGAUAGGAGGACAUCAUGGACAUUUUGGUUCUUGGUGUUGUGGUGGUGGUGUUGACGGGGUUGGUGUACCUGUUGGCCACUCUUGGCACAAAGGAAACCCCAUUUGAAGAAGCUGUAGCAGAACAACGGCAUAAGCGUGAACAGGAGAGUGCACAAACCAAGGCAGAAAAGCAGCACAAGAAACCUAAAGUACGGAAAUUGAAAGGGAAGAAGGACGAUACAGAGCUUAUGGGAGCUACAAUUGCACAGGAGGUGGAGCCUGAGCCCGAGCCUGAGCCUACACCACCACCACCGCCUGUUGUAGUAGAGCCUGAACCCUUGCCCCAGCCCACCCAGGAGAAGAAGAAGGAAAAGAAGAAGAAGAAAGAGAAAGAGAGAGAGGUAGAAGAGGUGCCCCGGAAGAUGGUGGUGGAGGAGGUUCAUGAGGCCCUCCUGGUUAAAACCGAGGCAGCUAAGGUAGAGGCUGCUCCCGAACCUGCUACGCCCUCACCCCCUGCAGCCAAGGAAGCCACCAAGGAAGUAGUUGUUGAGGCCUCAGUUGUUGCCGCAAAAGUGGAAGAGGUGGAUGCCGCUGAUCCACCAAUUAUCCCCAUUGAGAAGGCUCCAGCUCCUGCCCAGGAUAAGAAGAAGAAGAAGGAAAAGCAGAAAAAUGAUAUCACAACAUUGAGCGAGUCCAAGCUUCUCCCUAUGGUUCAGCGUGCACCAUUGUCUGGCAACGAGAUCCAAACUUUGAUUGAUGCUCUGCUUAACAAACAGCAGCAGAACAAUGCCGGAGGUGACUGGGUCAAGAAAGGCCGAGUGGACCCCAUCACUCAGUUGAAACGCCAAUUGGAAGAAGUAGGAAAUCGCUUACGUGAGAAAGAUGAGGCUCACUCUGCACUCACUGCCAAGAUCACCGACCUGUGUGCUGAUCUCCACGGUGAACGGUCACGAUCUUCAAAACUCAAGGCCCAGCUGGACGAGUCCAUCGCCAACCAUACCCGUCAACAGGAGGCAUCGGCCGCUAGCGCUCAAGCAGCACAGGCGACACGUCUGAACGAGUUGCGCACGUCCUUAGAGCAGGAGUACCAGACUAAAAUCCAGCAGCAACAACAACUGGUGGAACAGUUACAGAGUACCACCAAUGAAAGCGAAGUUGUCACAUUACGUGGUUCACUCAGUGAAGCAGAAAUGCAGGCCAAGGUGCUUCGACAAGAGCACCAAGAACUGACUCAAAGAUGUCAACAAUAUGAAGAGCACAUCAGAGCUCUUGAAGAAAAACGAGCUGGGGAAGAUGCAGCUCGCAAUGCCCAGCUGUCAGAGAUGCAGGCACAGCUUCAAAAUGCUGAUGCAGCACGUGCUCAAGCUCUGUCAGAUUUGGCAGCCAUAGAUGCAGAGCGGGAUGCUCUUAGCGAGCAGCUAGCAAGUGAAAAUACUAAAUUUGCACAAAUACAGCACAAAUUCGAGGAGACAAUAAACGAGAAAGCUGAGGUAGAUUCCCGACUGAUCCAGGUGGAGUCUGAGCUUUGUAGUGUACGCCAAGUGGUGUUAGACCAAAAUACUCAGAUUGAGCGCUUAAAGGAGGAGAAGGAGUCGUUAGCGUCUCAGAGCGUCCGUCCUGCCGCUGAAGGCCAAGAGAAUGGGGAUAUACAUGCAGAACAGACCCCAGCACAUGACACCGCCCAUCUAGAGUCUUUAAUGAAGGAGAAAGAGAGCCUAAUAGAAGAAAAAUCCUCCGAAAUAGCUCAUUUGAAUAAAGAAAUCACCAGAUUAAAAGAAGAUUUGGAAAGUCAAAGAGCAAAGAACAACGAGUUACGAGAAAAGAACCACAAAGUCCUGGAGGCCUUAACGAGCACAGAGGAAAAACUGAUGGCUAGACUCAAGCAGGUGGAUGAGGCUUCUGGCGAGGUCGAGGAGGAAAAAGCAAAGGUUCGUGCCGUCCUUAGAAGAAUUUUCCCUGAGGUUGUUGUAGACGACGCACUGGCCCUUCCUGUUAGGAAAAAGACAUACCAGGAUCAAGGGGCGUUCCUGAGUGAGUUUGAGAGCAAGGCGCUGCAGGUCGCUACUCAGACUGCUCAGUCAUCUGAACCUGAGGUUGUGGAGAAGGUUGUGGAAGUUGUGAAGGAGGUGGAAGUGAUGGUGGAGGACCCGGCCCUUAAAUCUCAGGUUGAGGAGCUCUCUAAACAGAAUGCUGAACUUAGAACGCAGGUUGAAGAUCUACAGAAAACACCGGCGCCAGCAGCAGACGACAGCAAGAGAGUUGGUGAACUGGAGGAAGAAGUCCGAGCUGUUACUGAUAAGGUCGCCCAUUACCAGAGGGUCUUAGCAGAUACAGAAAAUCUACUCAAGUCACUACAAGCAUCGGUAGAGUCCGAGGAGGUGGCGUGGAACAAACGUCUCUCUGAAAAGGAUAGCGAUGUUCGCCAGCUGACCGCAGACAAAGCCAAUCUGCAGCUACAGGUGAAACAGCUUGAAGAUACCUUAGAGAAGGUCAAACAGGCAGAAGAUAUGCAAGCUCAGCUCAAGGUCCUACAAGAUCAGCUGCAGAAAGAAGAGAAAGAGAAAGCCUCACUACUGGAACAACUUCACGCUGCACAGGAACAGCUCACAAAGACAGCCACACAAGGUGGCGGUGGUAGUGAUGAAGCCAGUUUGGUGGACCUGAAGACAGAUAAUGACAAGCUGCGAACAUUGGUCAGUGUCGGGCAGGAUGCCAGCCGACAGCAGGAGGAGCUAAUUGAACAGCUGCAGAAGGAACUUGCCGCUGUUAAGGCAGCCCUGGCCGCUAGCCGUGUGAGUAAAAUGGGCUACAUGGUUGGUUGGGUGGGACGCAACAGCAACAACACCACCACCACCACCAUCAACAACAUCAACUCGUUGGAACAGCAGACUGUAAGCACAAAUGGUCCAGUCAGUGAGGAACAGUGUCAGGAGGACGACACCUCGCGGGCCGACACCGCCAGUCUGAUGUCUGCUUCCUCGGCCUCAGUCACAGACACUAACACCACUCAGGUUCAGUCAGGGGCGUCUGCUAAAAAGACCAAAAAGAAAAAGAAGAACCAAUUGAAGCAAAGGGAUGGUGAUGUUCAGGCUUUUCCCAAGGGAUUUUUUGGAAAACUAAUUGGCAAAAGCACUGACCCUUAAGGGUGCUGGAGCCACACAGUGACAAAACAGAUUGAGGACAAGCAAGCAGCCUUGACCUGCAAGAAUUUCACUGGCAUUGGCUCACGUCCAUUCUUAGCCACAGUGUUGGUGUGUCCACAUGCACUGUAAUGACUUCUGCCAUGAAGUUCUUUCAAUUUAAAACUGUAUUUUGUACUGAGCUUCUUUUGUAGGAAGAGAAAUUGAAAGUAUUGCUUUAUGGCAGACUGUUUCAUGUUGGGACCACAUGUGGGUAAACCUCUUGAGCUGCAAUAUUCAUAUAAUUUUUGUAAUUCUGUGCAGUUUAUGGAUGAUCGCACUUUACUCUUAAGGAAAUUUUUUUAAGGACUGAGACAGUUAUUCAACACUGUUACCAAUACAAGCUCAUGUUAGGUUUACACAGAGUUCAAUUCCCAGUGUAUUACACCCAAAUUGAAGUUUUGUAGGUUAUCCACUAUUUGGAUUUAUCUGUAGAUAUAUAUGUACAUGUACUUGUGUAUAUAUAUAUAUAUAUUAAAGUGAGACAACAAGUUUCAUGUGGCAUUUUAAAGUGCAAUGUUGCCAAUGGUGGUGAAGUCUUGCAGGAGAGUCUCAAGAGCUCGUAGAGUUUGUUGCAAUUGGUAGUUUACGUUCCAUUGCGGUAAAUUUUCUUUACUUUUAUAUGCCAUGAAAAAAGUACCACUGUGGAGCUUAGAUUAUUUAAUGCCAUGAGUAUGACCAGUAGGGGAAGAGGGUUGGUGGCAGAUCUGGUCACCCUACAUGUCUUUUCUUUGGUUUCAUUGCUGCAGGGGUAGGGGGCAUUUGCCAAGCAUUGAUUUAGUGUUUUUGUUAUUAUUAUUAUUCCUUAGGUUCACUCUUGAGUUGUUAAUGAACACUUUGUUACACACUAUGCAGCAGGAGCAAUCUUUGGUUGGACUCUGCUAUACUGUACCAUGUUACAAAGUUCAUUCCAGUGAUGAGACCCCUUCUGUAAGGUUUUAUUUUCUCUUCAUAAGGACAGCUAAGUAAUGUACCAUGCAAAAAAACAAAAACACAAAAAAACUAACAUUAUGGUUAAGGUUAUGUUCUAGCUUUUCAUAUUCACAGAGGAUCUUGAUAUUAUGCAUACAGAAUUACUAAGGAAAUGUAGUUAUGCAAUGCAAAUUAUGCAUAUAUAUGGUGGCAGCAGUGGUACAUACUUUACUGACUAAUUUUGUAUGACAAACGGAAGACGAUUCCAGUAGGCCAUUAGGAUACUUUUCAAGUUUCCAGCCAUUCCGGGUGGGCUUGCUUUUGUCUUCUGACGCCUUGCGUCGGCAUAUCCAGUACUGUGGUAAUAAUCCCCAUAGACCAAGAUUACUAUUACUAUUGUUUUGUAUGGUGCAAGGAGCCAAGAACACAGUGUGGCAGUGUGUGUGGUUGUCCUAGGGGCGGGUGGCAUACAGGGGUUUUUAGUGAGCUAUAGCAGGUUGUAGGGGGGUUUAGGAAGCUGUUUGGUGCUUAUACCCCUCUAUGCACGUGACAAGGGAAGUCGUGGAUCAUCUUCAGAGUUAUAUAUGGUGCUGCAAACCUGAAAGUUUUUAGUCAUUACCUUGGCACGAAUGAACCAUGACGUAGCUCUUGCCACAGCUCUCCAAGAUUGUACAAGACUUCUUUCUGGUGAAUUACAGCAACAUGACCAUACUUGUACAUUUAUUAGUUGGGGUAUUGGUCACAAGGAUAUGGUUGGUUGCCUGCAGGUUGUGGGGCUGUUGUACAGCUGAUGUAGCCCUCCUAAUUUUAUGUACAACAAUCAUCUAAUCAUUGACGUAAUUGUUAUUAGCCAUUGGAAAUAAACCUGUCAAUUGUUCAAUGCUCAUAUCACACCAGUGCUACAAUUGGUGCCCGUGUGCUGCCCUGUCUGGCGCGUGAGAUUGUUACCUGGUACCCCUAAGGGGUAUUGCUGGGGGACCUGGUAUUUCAACACAAAUACAUGGUUUAUCAAAA